AUGAAUAACCAAAGAGUAACCUAUGCAGAACUGAAUGUGGCCAAGUAUGCAAAGAGGCAGCAAAGGAAACCUAAGGUCACUAAAGGCUCCAUUUCAGUAGUUGAGCAGGAAAUAACAUAUGCUGAAUUAAAUCUUCAAAAUGCUUCUCAGGAUCUUCAAGGGAAUGACAGGAACGACCACUGCAAAGAUUUACCAUCACCUCGAGAGAAGCUCAUUGCUGGGAUCCUGGGAAUCAUCUGCCUUGUCUUGUUAUCCACUGUGUUAACGAUAGUUGUUAUUCCCUUUAGUAAAGUAGUGGGGCAGAACAAUUCAUCCCUGAUAACAAGGAUCGAGAAAGCAUAUAAUUGUCAUUGUCCGAAGAAGUGGUUCACAUAUUCCAACAAUUGCUAUUACAUUGGUAGUGAAAAAAAAGUGUGGAAUGAGAGUUUGAUGGCUUGUGCUUCUAAGAACUCUAGUCUGCUUUAUAUAGACAAUGAAGAAGAAAUGGUAAGAUUUUAAAUGUUUCAUAUACUUUAUUAAAGGCUUAUUUCAGUCAAUAUUUUAUUUGUAGAAUUCAUCCAUAUUUUUGUGCAUAUCGUAGGUUAAUUUAAAUUCUACAAUCUUCCUUUGUU